AUCAAUGAAGUGAAAAAUAGUAACCGAUCGGAUAAAGGGGACACACGUCCCGUGAUUACCUCUCUUUGGUGGAACGUUAGACAACGACUAAACCAAAAGCGACAAACGGCACCGUUCUUUCACGGUUAACACACUUCCACACCACUCCCCAGUCCCUCGCCGACUCUGGUCCUCACAAAUUCUAGAGAGAGAAAAUAGAUUCAAAAAUAUAGAGAGGGAAAGUGAAAGAGGUCUUUAAAGUAGGUUGAGAACUGAGAACCCAUUUCUUCUUAUGCUGAUUCCGUUUUAAAGAUUGAAAACUUUUUGUUAGAGAAAAGAGAAGUUUGACUGAGGUUCGAUAUUGUUGACUGAUUGAUUGAUAGAUCAUCAUCAAUCAAACGGCUGAAAAAAGGUAAUCUUAGUCAAAUUUCAGACGCAUUGAAAGUAAUGGCUUGCAUCUUCGUUUCCUAUGCUUUAUGACUCUACUUGAUUGAAGAUUGUGGAUGGAAAUUAACUAGGUAACCGAUUAAGGUCUGCGAGUAUCUAGUUGAGUUGUCAUUGUUGGUGCCAUGGGUGUCUCAGGAAAAUGGAUCAAAGCUCUGGUAGGCUUGAAGAAAUCAGAAAAGUCACAAUCUUCAGAGAAAGAAGAAAAUAGGGCAGCUGCUAGCAAAUUUCGUCACCAAAGAAAGCAUUCUGUUGAGUUUGACACAAAUACACUUCCAGAAGAGUUGGAUCAGAAUGCUGCUUCACCAGCCAGAGACGCUAAUACUCGUGCAACUGCAGAUGUUGCUGCCUCUCCCUCUGGUUUACUUGAAGUGCAUGAUGCACCUCUUAAUGAACAUGCAAAGGAAGAAUGGGCUGCCACGAGGAUACAAACGGCUUUCCGAGGAUUUCUGGCUAGAAGAGCACUGAGAGCAUUAAAAGGAUUGGUAAGACUGCAGGCCCUUGUCAGGGGUCAUGCUGUAAGAAAACAAGCUGCAAUAACUCUUCGCUGCAUGCAAGCUUUGGUGAGAGUUCAGGCUCGUGUAAGAGCAAGGCGUGUUCGACUGGCAUUAGAAAGUCAAACUGCACAACAGAAACUUCAGCAACAACUUGCAAAUAGGGCUCAUGGUAAAGAAAUAGAGGAAGGGUGGUGCGAUAGUAUAGGAUCUGUUGAAGAAAUUCAAGCCAAGUUACUAAAGAGGCAGGAGGCUGCUGCUAAACGUGAGAGAGCCAUGGCGUAUGCUCUGGCUCAUCAGUGGCAGGCAGGAUCAAGACAGCAGCCUGUGCCUGCUGGGUUUGAACCAGAUAAAAGCAGCUGGGGUUGGAACUGGUUGGAGAGAUGGAUGGCUGUACGUCCAUGGGAGAACCGUUUUGUUGACAUUAAUCUUCGAGAUGGAGUAAUGAUACGUGAGAAUGGUCCUACAGAGGGAAAGAAUGGUUGCAAUUCUCAGAUAAAACCUACUUUCAAGAAACCAGCUGCAUCGAGUCUUCAUGCUAACCUAUCAAGUCAAAAAACAGGUCCAUCACAUUCUGAUGGGAGUGAUUCUCCACAUGGUAAGUCAGCCAGUGUGCUAGAAGCAGACAACGCAUUGUCUUCCAAGCCAACAUCCAAACCGAAUCAAGAAGAUUUGACUGACAAAGCUGGCUCAAGACCUGUUCUUACUUCAAGAUCUCACAGCAAUCCUAAAGAGAGGUCUAUACAAUCAGAUAAACAGGCAAAGAAGCGAUUGUCUCUGCCUAACAGUGGGCGAGGUACCGGGUCUCAGACAACCAAGCCUGGCAGAACUGCUACGAAAGUGACACCAGCCGCUCACAAGCCAACAAAGGAUAUCUCCAAGUUUAAUGGACGAGGGGACUCAAAUUCUAAAAAUGCUGUGGCACUGGCUGUUGAUUCGUAAGGAAGUAUUUGUUAAGUAAAACCUGUUCUGGCUACCAUCCGCUCGGGCCCUGUUGUUUUAGUAUGUAUAUAUGGAAUUGCAGCUCGAGAAUGUAAUGGCAUUGUUUAUUUUCCCAUCAUAGAAUUGAGGAGUGGUUUGCCCGUGGUGGGAGUGGUUGCUCCAUGGCAGAGUUGAUGAGAUCGGCUUGGCUUGCCACGGGAAUAAGAUGAGUAUAUUUCAUGUGUUGAUGUAAUCAGCUGUGAUUAAUGUCGUCAAUUAUGUCGUAUUUUUUUCCAAGUGUCAGUAUAUUUAGUAGUAAAAUGUCCAGGGAAUUUCAUAUUUGUCUAUGCUUUAGAAACCUAUAGCACAAUGCAUGCAAAUAGAUUGUAGAUAUUAAAAUUUGAUUUUACAUUUGUUGAAUAUCAAUGUAAAAGUAAUUGGAUGAAUUAAUUGGAUUAAGUCUCAUAUUUAAUUAAGCAAUACCCUUUUGUGACAAGGGUUGAAGGUUUUUGUCAAUGCCUUGGUAAUGCCGAUUAGCCCGUUAUACUUUAGUUAGGUGGAUAUACAGCACAAGUUUUAUACCAAUUACCAACUCUAGCCAUAAGUACGUUUCAUGGUUAGAACUUUGUUAAAAAUACUAAAUGUUUAAGCGAUAGAACUUUCAUUAUUUCAUCUCAUUAUCCAAACGAAAACUGUCAUUU